CGCGCCUGGACGGCGGGCAUCUCGGGGCACCGGGCGGAGGCGCGGCGCGCGAGGAGGGGUGCGGGCGGCCGCGGGCGCCAGCGCCAUGAACGCGGCAGUGGUGCGGCGGACGCAGGAGGCUCUGGGCAAAGUGAUCCGGAGGCCGCCGCUUACCGAGAAGCUGCUGAACAAGCCGCCGUUCCGCUACCUGCACGACAUCAUCACUGAGGUGAUUAGGAUAACUGGCUUCAUGAAGGGCCUCUACACAGAUACUGAGAUGAAGUCAGACAACGUCAAGGAUAAAGAUGCAAAAAUUAGCUUCCUACAGAAGGCCAUAGAUGUGGUCAUGAUGGUCUCAGGAGAACCCUUGUCAGCAAAACCAGCAAGAAUUGUGGCUGGGCACGAACCUGAAAAAACCAAUGAGCUGCUUCAGCUGAUUGGCAAGUGCUGCCUCAACAAGCUCUCCAGCGAUGAGGCAGUGAAGAGAGUCUUAGCUGGGGAGAAGGCGGACUCGAGAGGACGGGCCUUACGGACCUCCAAAACCCAUGAGGCUGACAAUAAGAAUGUGAAGGAAGAAGAGUCCAGAACUCAUAAAGAGGAUAAAAGAAACUCUGAGGUAAAGGAGAGAAGCACCAGUGCAGAGCACAGACAGAAGGAGGAAUUGAAAGAAGAGAACAAGCCACGGGAGAAGGAGAGGGACAAGGAGAAGGCAAAGGAGCCCGACAGAGACCGCCACAGAGACCCUGACAAGGACAGAAGCAGAGAGGGAGAGCGAGAGAAAGCCAGAAGUCGGGCUAAGCAGGACAAGGACAGAAGCAACAAAGACCGGGACAGAGAGGCUGAAAGGGACAAGGAUCGGGAGAGAAGGAGCGAGGGCGGGAAAGAAAAGGAGAGGCUGAAGGACCGAGACCGCGACCGGGGAAAAGACCGGGAACGGCGGAAAGCGAAGAAUGGAGAACAUUCCCGGGACCCUGACCGGGAGAAAAGCAGAGAUCCAGACAAGCCAGAGAAAAAGUCAGCAAGCUCAGGGGAGAUGUCUAAAAAGUUGUCAGAUGGAUCUUUCAAAGAUGCCAAAGCAGAGAUGGAGGCUGAGGUUUCUGUGGGAGCAUCCAGGUCCUUGUCAUCAAAAACAUCAAAACGGCGAUCUAAGAAUUCACUCGAAGGAAGAAGGGACUCUAGAGCCAGUGAAAGUAGCCUUUCCCUUGACAAAGAACAUAAUGCUUCCUACCGUAAAGCUAAGAAGGACCAUAGCGUGAAGCAGCUUGGAAGGAAAGAGGAUAAUAUUUCAGCUAAGAUUUUAGACUCCAUAGUGUCGGGACUAAAUGACGAACCAGAUCAGGAAACGACAGCACCAGAAAUAGGCGACUCCCCCAGUGACGCAGAAGGAGAAGCUGGACCUACUGGCCAAGAUAAGCCCGAGGUGUCAGAGAAUACAGAAGUCCCCAGUGAGCUUUCCUCCACUCUCAGAAGAAUACCUCGGCCGGGGAGUGCACGCCCAGCACCUCCCAGGGUCAAACGACAGGAGAGCACUGAGACCCUGGCAGGAGACAGGUCAGGAAGUGGUAAAACUGUCUCCAAUGUGAUCAUCGACUCACAGAAUUCUGACAACGAGGAUGAUGAGCAGUUUGUGGUGGAAGCUGCCCCUCAGCUCACAGAAAUGUCAGAGAUUGAAAUGGUACCAGCAGGGGACCUGGAGGAUGAGGAGAAGCAUGGUGGGCUUGUGAAAAAGAUCUUGGAGACGAAGAAGGAUUAUGAGAAAUUGCAGCAGUCUUCCAAGCCUGGUGAGAAGGAGCGAUCCCUCGUCUUUGAGUCAGCGUGGAAGAAGGAGAAGGACAUCGUUUCGAAAGAGAUAGAGAAGCUCCGUGUGUCCAUCCAGACCCUGUGUAAGAGUGCACUUCCCCUGGGAAAGAUCAUGGACUACAUCCAGGAGGACGUGGACGCCAUGCAGAACGAGCUGCAGCUGUGGCACAGCGAGAACAGGCAACAUGCCGAGGCCCUGAGCAAGGAGCAGAGCAUCACAGACAGUGCGGUGGAGCCCCUGAAGGCCGAGCUAGCUGAGCUGGAGCAGCAGAUCAAAGACCAGCAGGACAAGAUCUGUGCUGUGAAGGCCAACAUCCUGAAGAACGAGGAGAAGAUCCAGAAAAUGGUGCAUAGCAUCAACCUGACGUCACGAAGGUGAAUGGCCAGGCUUGCAGAGAUGGAGCCGUCUUCCUCGUGAUGGGAGAAGAAGCGGGAAAGCACAACUCUGAGCCCCAGUCUGCUGAGAAAAUGAACUGCAGGUGGCUGGACCCAGCUGAAUUCAGCUUUUGGUUUAGGCACUAAACUUAUUAAAAGGCCGUGUUUUCUUACCUCCUUCCAGCUGCGGUACUUGCUACUUUGGUCUUCAGCUCGCCUUGUGGGAGGGCUUCUUUCUUUGUUUUCUGCUGCAGUCAGUUUAAUCCUGUCCCUGAAUUUUUUACUGGUAAGUUGUGUCAUCCUUCUGGGGAAAUGGCGGGUCUUUAUUUCUGCUUCUGAGUCUUCCAGAAGGACUUCCUGCCAGCACCCAGUAAAGGGUGACUGUGUCCUUUUUAGUGGGUACUUUACAAACAGAACGAGGCCGGAAGUGAUUAAAUUGCAUUUCCAUUUCUACCUGAAAGGAGUCAUGAAAUGUCAUGAAAUGCCUGUGACCUUGUAAGGUGCCUGUCACUGGGCAGGGUUGUUGCCCUCUUAUUAUUGCACAUGCUUCUUUCUGCAGUCCCCUCCUGGCCCUGCUGUCUGCAUUUCUAGCCCAUGAAGUUGAUAUGCUGAAAAAGGAGGAUCCAGUCUGGCCGUUAUUAAGUCUGGCAUUGUCUGACGGGAAACUGUCACGGGCUGCCUCCUUGGCUUUCUUCAGCCUCCAGAGUACUCCCAAUGGAUAAGCAGUCCCCUAGGCCUCCUUAAGACCCUGUAGCAUGAAGGACAGGCAGCAGCAUCCUUUUCCUCUGUGUAGGUGUGUGCACUGAGAGUUGGGAGUGAGGAGAGACUGUAAAGAAGAGAGUACACCAAGAAUUUAUAGUUUGUGUUGGUUUCCCCUUUUUAAAGAUCCUUUUUUUAAAACAUAGGGUGUUUUUUUUUAUGGUUUAUAUUCAGUUUUUCGCCUACAUAAAAUACUGUAAAUACUUACAAGGUCUUGAAUUAUUGUAUAAAGGAUCUCAGUGUUAGGAGAUGUUCUUACUGGCUUAAGGUCUGAGAUCAUCCUUACGUUUCUGAGUAUUUAUUAUGUUCACUAAGGCAAGCCCUGGUAAGUGCAAAGACUACUGGAGCACAUUCUGUUUCCUAAAGGCUUGCAGACAUGAUGCAGCUCGUGUUUCUCAGUCAGCUGAAGGCAGCAGCCCAGUUCUCAGCUGGGGGCCAUCGGGACCUUGUGGAGACUCCCUUCAGCUGGUAGUCCUUCUCCUGGCACCACACUACUCUACCAACCAGAUGCUUCUCAAGAGUUUGAGGAACAAAGGAUUGUUCGUCAACCAGUCUUUUGUAUGUUCAUAAUCUCUUGUCUACCAAAUUGAAUGACUUAGCCAUAACCCUAAGUGGACCCUAUGUAGCCGAAGUUAAGAUAUAUAUAAAACCUUUUAUAAAUUUGUAUAUAUGAAUAGAAUUUUUAUGUUGCAAAAAUUACAUACAUUGUAUGUGAGUAAAUUUUAUAUGCUGUAGUCUAUCAGAUUGUAUCAUAAAGUUUUAUUUUUCUUUUAUACAUACAUCAUUAAAAUAAUCACCUAUUUUUCCUA